AGAUGAUGGAGCCAGAUGAAAGAGGCAGGAGGCGAGCCCCUCCGCUUGCACGUCAGCAUCCCCUCAAAUAGAAAAUCCGCUGCUGUCACUUCAGCCCUGCUGGCAGAGGACGGACUGCUGCAAAACGACGCAUAUAAAGCCUGAUCCCGCCCGGGCAUGCUGCGUUCGCUUCUCUUACUUUAUUAUUUUAUGUGAUGCCACAGGAGGAGGAUAAGCGGAGCGUUUACGGAGAAUGAUAGCGGGGAUCAAAGCGCGCUGUCCCAGGAGAACUCAUCCGAAGAGCUGGCCGUCAGAGACCGGGAUGCUCCUCUAACCCCACCGGGCGGGUUUUCCUGAUCACAAGGUCCGAUUCUCAGUGCUGGUGUUUGACUGAAAGUGAGCAAGACAGAGCUUGUGACAUGGAUGAAAAACAAAACACAGGUCCAGACCUCACCUACCAAAACCUUCUGGUUCUGGGAGCCAUCGCAGCAGCAUCUGCCUUUGUGGUCACCAUCCUUAUCGUCCUCGUCUGCGUAGGUUGCCAAAGAAAAAGUAAGAGCAAGCACCCCCCAGCUGGAGACAAAGGGACAUCUGUAAAUAUGGGUACGCUUCGGCAUCCAAAACUGAACUCCAUGAGUAAAUCUGACACCAGGCUGCAUGAGAUCAAUCGCUUUCCCUGCAAUGGAAACUCUGUUAGCAAGAGCCGUCCAGCCAGUAUGGACCUCCUGCUCCUCCACAGUCGGCGCUCCCAGACUGACCUGGGGCCUUCCCACGGUCGCCAGCUCCCCCAGAUCCCCACCAGUCCCCAGGCGUCUGGCCAAGGAGGAGGUGGUGGAGGAGGAGGGGAAGUGGGAGGGGAGGGAGGAGGUGGAGGUGGUGGAGGGGAGGCUAGAGACCACACCUACACCGAGGUGGGCCUGCGCAAUAACCCGACCCCAACGCACUACCUGGACGAUGGCCUGUAUGAAAGCGUAGGGGUCCGAGAAUGUGAUGCAGCCCCCAAAGUCCCCUCUGCUCCACUGACUUCAUCAAGCAGCACACCAUCGACGGUCAGGGCAGCUCAGAGCCCCCCUACUAGUGCAGGAGGAGCUCGUAAUGGGAACAGCCAUUUAAACACUGGUAGAGGGAACGGCAGAGGAAAUGGCACCAUUAAUGGAACUAUGCCGGUGAGAGGUAAUGGAGGAGGUGGAGCGAGCAGAUCUCCUCUGUCGUCUGCGAGUUCCCUGAUCAAUCAAGAUCCAUCUGCAGCUGAAUAUGCUUCCAUACGAAAGUUUAAAAAGGUGGACAAGUUAAGCCGGAAGGAGAAUAACGGAGCAGACAGCAUGUCAGACAGCCAGUCUAGCGUGAGCGACUCUCCCUCUGCUGCCCCUCUUCCCCUACAUCGUAGUCAGGAGUUUCCACGCAAGCUGUUGGAGCCUUUCCACCUACACCCUUUCCCAAAGGAGGCAGCCUUCAUAGGCAAUGGGGAGCAGUACAUCUGGAAGCCUCCAGAGGAUGAUGACAUCAUCACCUUGCAUGCACCCCCCCUCCGUGCAGAGAACGGACAGCCGGGGCACCCGUCGCCUCCAACCGCAAAGGAGAUUGCAGACACUUACUCCAUUGUGUGUAAAACUCAGAAAAAGAAACCUCCCAUGGAGCACAACGGCGCAAAAACCCUCCCGCGAUCCUUCGGAGGAGACAGAGGAAACCGAGGCCGAGGCAGAGGGGUCCAAGGACAGGCCCGUUCUCAAGAGGAGCCCUGCUAUGAGCCUGUGGGGGACCGGUCUUGGUCCUCCCCUGUGGCUGAGUCAGACCCUGCAUACGCUAGCAUCGAUGCCCACAGGAAGCGUGAGCAGGGGGCAACCAGUAACAGCACUGGUGGCGGUAGCGCUACUCUGAAGAGAAAGAAGCAAACCCCACAGCAGCAGCAGGCAGUACCAGCAGUACCACACGCCUCAGGGCCCGUUGCCCCUCCUGCUAGAGGCCUCCCAGGUGGGGAAAACUUCUAUGAGACCAUCAGCGAUGUAAAACAGGGAGGCAACACCUCUGGCACUACCACCAUCUUCACCUUUAAUGACGGGAUGGAGAUGUAUGUCACCGGCUUGUAGCACCCUGGUAGAGUCCUCUGGUCCAGAUUCCAGGGAUCUUUGUGCAGGUUGCUGUAUAUACCCAGGUCCUCUAGAGUCAAUCAACAUGAGGAUCUAUUUUGUGUUGACAUCAGGUGCAAACAGGGUCUUAAUCCAGGUUCAGACUUCCUUUGAUUGGUCUGCACUUCAGAACCAGCCUAAGCCUAGUCCAGCCCAAAAAAAUGGACCAAAUACAGUUCAACAAAAACAAAAAGCAAAACAAUGUAUAUAUAUAACUGUUUCACUGGCCAUACUCACCCGCUUGUGAAUUCUUUUCCAUUAUAUCUUUAUUUUUAUAUGGACACUGUACUCUUGAAAGAGUUUAUGUGUCAACUCACAACCUGAGAAGAACACUUAAAAAAAAAAAAUAUAUAUAUAUAUAUAUAAGAAAAAAAAAAGAAAAUGUGCAUGCAUUGUGCAGUCUCACACAAUAAUAGACAUGAAGAUAGACAUUAGUAGCAAUGAAAGUGGAUGUUUACAGAGUAUAGGGUAUGCAAUCAGGUCACCAGUGCACAGAUACAUUCCUCAUCUUGGGGUAGAGAAUAUGCACAUUAAAUGCGCUGUUAUUUGCAGUGCUCCGCCCUACAAACGUACGCAAACAUUAAACAGGUUCUGACGCUCGCUGACCUGUUGUCUGGAGGAGAGUGCUUGCGGUGCUUUGUUCAGACACAGACCUGUAAUUUGCAGGCCUACUCAAACGCACAUAAGUAAGUGAAGGUUAUCGUCCUCAUUCCACAUAAUGUCAGCUGUCAGUCCUCGUGAUAAAGUUAGAAACUGAGCUUUUUGUUAAAUAGCUCUUAUAUUAAGACGAACUAUAAAACUUACUCCUUAUAUUUGACAAACUGUUGUUGGAGGCCUGCUGACACCACCCUCUGCUCAGAUGCACACAUGUUUGGCAGAGUCAGGCAAAAUGAUGUGUUCAGGUCGGGGGCAGCAAAUGGCUUGUGCAAGAAUUUCCCCAGUGCGAUAAUUUCCCAAUCAGAGACUUUAACUGUACUGCAGGAAUAACUGAGAGUAUAUUUGGGAUAAAAAGCACGUAUAAAAGUAAAAGAUUUUCAGUACUAGUGCAGGAUGCUUAAUCCUUUUUGAGUUAGUGUCAUUUCCUAUGCAGAUUGUAAACAUCUUAUUUUAUAGCCACUGUAAUUUUGCACAGGUCAACUGCCUGACUGCUCAGCUUAGCUGCGUGCUUAAAGGGUAUAUUAAAGCAGCGUUUUGAUUUGCUCUGAGCACCCGAGCCACAACCAGAGCUCCCCGUAGCUCACCAGACUGUAGUUUUGUGGUUGAAAUACUAACAGAGGGGUCUGGACUCCAAAUAAAAUAAAGAAAAUAAAGAGCUAGACAAAAAUAUUACCGUUAAGUGUCUUUUCAAAAGUUAUUCCUCCCCUUCUCCUCCGACUCGUGUCCAGCUUCUAUGCUGUGUUCCCUUCCAUUAGGAAAAUCAUCUUUCCCACGUAGCUUUAAGAAUUAUAAGAAAUAAAAAAAAACAGUAAGAUAAUUAUUUGUCCCUCUACAUGUCUCCUCUCUCUUGUUUUUUGUUUCUUUGGUCAAAAUGAAAUGUGUCAGAUUCUGAAGCUAAUAAUGAUAUUGAUCAGACAAAGAUAACCAGAGUAAAGAUAAAAUGCCUCUUUCAAAUUUUAUUUUCAUUAAUUAAAUGGGGAAAAAAAACAUCUAUGCAAUUGUGAGCCAUUAUGAAAAAAUAACAGCCUCCUUAACCUAAUUAAUGGUUUUGCCACUGUAGUCAGUCUUUAACAACACAGUGACAUCCACCCACUCCUGUUUGUAGAUUUAUCUCAACUCAGCAAAAUCAGAUGAUUUUGGAGCAUUAAUGAUCCAGUUAGGAUCAUGUUGCAGCAUCUUAACCACAUUAAAUGUAACUCAAAUUUACGUAGUUUAGACCCAAACCUUUAAAUGCAUCAUUUCCUCUUUUUGUUAGAAAUGAGGAAGCACUUAAGUUGUUAUGUUUUAUUGUGCUGGAUAAGUCAAAUAUGUGUAAGUUUAACCAAUCUAACUUUAUAGCAGGACAUUUUUCAUGGGAAUCUCUGCUAUAAAGCCAGAGAUCUAUCAAUCAAGGCAAGUUAUCCUGGUCUUGAAGCAACAAAGCUGCCUUGUACCACCACAGUACCACCACCAUGUUCACAAAUGUUCUAUGUUUACCUCAUUUGUGAAUAGUUACUGUAGCGGCACGCUAGCUCCUUUAGUUUCUUCUGUACCACAUGGAAAAACAGUCUAGCAACUAGUAUUGAAACGCGAGCGAUUCCAGAUGAUGUUCUUCAACUUGUGAUGUUUAUUGAAAGAAAACAAAAAUAAGAGAACAUCCACAUUUGUAUAAUAUAAACUCGGUCAAAAACUGUGUUGCUUCCAGCAUAUCUGUUUUCCCCUCAGUCCUUAUGUACAGUACUUAAAAGCAAACAAACAGAAAAAAAACACGUAUACAAUUACAGCAUGCAGGAAGCCCAAAAAUAUGCAUUUCAAAUUGCAUUUCUAUAUUCUAUGCUUUUAAUAUUGGAGUUUUUUAAACUUAAAUUAUAAUCUUAACAACAAACAAAAUUAUCAAUCUUGUAUUUUAACCUUUUUUAAAACUAUAAAUGAAUUUGUCUCAAAUUGGCUCUUACAGUUACUCUCUGUGAAGCUUAAUAACCCCUUUAUGGACUGGUAGGUGGGUAAGAGUGACCUUUAUUAUCGUCUGUUUUUAAACUUUCUUAGAUUUUUUUUUUAUGAUCUCUUUCACUACUUCAUGAUAUCAGACAGGUCCAAUCUAAGUGAAUUCUUAAUUCUGUUGCUCUCAUAGUAAACAGAUGUGAGUGUAGUGAGAUUAAUAUUAAAAAAAAUUGGAUAAUUGUAAGAUAUUUUAGAUAUAUUAGGACAUAAGGAAGGCAAUCUUUACAUUUGGCUAGGUCUGUUUGGGGGCUAUCCUUGUCUGAUAUUAAAAUUCUGCUAAUGAUCUGAAACAUUUACUCAUGACAAUGAAACUAAUACAAAAGAAGCUUGUAAGGAGGAAUAAAUAAAUUUUCAAAGACUGUAAAGGGAGAAUUGUUUAAGGAUACAGUCCACUUGUGUGACAAAAAUGCAAACGGGAUGCAAAUUUCGAAAGGUUACAUAGAGAAAAAUAUAAAUGCUACUGUGUCAGAAAAUAUGUAAAAACAAAUGAACACUGUAUUUUAAAGCACUGUUUAAUUUCUAUCCUAAUGAUGAUACAUUUGAUUAAAUAGCUCACACCACUGCCAUGAAAAGGGUAAAUAUAUAUAUAUAUAUAUAUUGUUGAUGCAACCUCUUUCUUUUCUGCUUGAAUAAGUGCAUGCCUUGAUAUAUGGAGAUGAAAACAAAUAUUGUGGUACUUAUCUCUAGUUUCUAUUUUAUGUUGUGCUUUUAACCAUGUAAUGUAAAGCCUCGUUUUGUUUAGCCAAAGCAACAACUUUAAGGAGCAGAAGAGAGCAGAAAGGACAGAGAGGUGCUGCUGGGAGAGAGUUGAAAGGUUGUUUAUUCGUUUCCCCAGUGGGAGCAGGGAAAAGAAAUCGAGUUGGGUUGGGGGGGUGUAAGGCUAGUCUGAAGCCGGAUGAAGGUCAGCGUAAAAGGACAAGGACCAAGAGGGCUCUCCUCUUCUCUUAUUUGUUUUUUUAUUUUUUUUUUUUUUUUUUACAUACAAGAGAAGCACACAGAAUCCAGCCUCAAGUUUAAGUGGGGAAGCGUGUUAGUGUGUACUGCCACUCCCCCUUUCUGCUGUCGUACAGAGGAGGGCUCUUUGAUGUCCUGUUCUGAGGGUCUCCAAGCAAUAUAUGGGUGGUGGAGGGGGGCAGGCAUACUCCCAGCCUCAUAACAGCAAUGCACCAACGGCUCAUCUGUCUGGUACAUGAGAAAUGGCCAACAGCUGAGAUGGGAUCUCUCUAAUACAAUCACUUGGAUAUUGCUGUCAUGCUCCAUGUUUUUUUUGUUUGUUAGUUUUGUUUUCUUUGAUUGUGGCUAUCACAUUAUAUGUUGCAUUUUACCCUGAGAGAAUGCACUGAUCUGGGAUACAUUGUUGAGCGAUGUUAUUCACCGACAGAGACAAAUAUUCGUUGCACAAACCGUACGAUGAUGUAAAUGUGUAAAUUAAUCUGUUGCUGUUCUGAUGUUGUUCCUAUGUAACAUGCAGUAUACAGUAUAUUUGUUGACGAUGAAAAAAAAGAGAUGGCUAUCACCGACACGUAGUACUUUGUGUAUAAAAAAGAAAACAUUUCAUGCUUUCCAUGCAGAUUCAGAUGCUGUUUGUUAAUUGUCUUAAACUAUAAGUAUAGGCCAGUACUGCUGUGACAGUCGUAGCCAAUGUUGUAUGUUCUAAAAGCACAGGGUUUAGUUUAAAAAAUAUAUAUAUAAAAAUAAAUGAAUAAAUAAAGUGUGACAGUGCAGAUAUGCAAAAGAUUGUAAUGUUUUAUAUUACCCUUCAUAAAAUAUUAAAGUGAGUUUUUACUUUUCUAAUAAAGUGGCACAUUAUAACAUGUUUGUGUUACAUGCUUUCUUUUUUGUUUUGCAGGCAGAUCUGCAGGGUUUUUCCCUCUUUGCUGCAGACUGACAUUAAUA